AUGGUGAAAUCUGGAGAUCUUUUACACAUAUUAAUGAGUCUUGGUUAUCCAGGCUGCAGCCUGGAGUUGAAAGCAGCUAUCGACGAAUGCCUGAAGGACACGAAGUCGGCAAGAUUUAUUCUCUACCUAUGCGACGUAGCCAGGGUGAAUAUAGAAUUAAAUAAAUUGUAUGAUCCUAUUCCAUUUUCUUCGAAUGUUGAGAAGGAUUGCAAUGAACAGAAAAUCCCGAGUCAGGCGGUGCAAAAUAUUAAGAUUAUCGAAACAAUCAAAGAAUUCGACAGCACAUACGGAGCUUUGUAUCCAGCAUCAGAUAAAGUACAUGGAGUUGUCGUCACGCACCAGUGCGUUUGCGAGGACCUAUCGUCAGUACUUAAAAAGAUACGUCGUUUCUUGAGUCAGAUUGCUGCCGGAUUUGGAGAAGAAGUCGAUGGGACCGUUAUGGUGUAUUGCCAAACUGAGGACCAGUUAGCACGGAUGUUGAGGCACUUCCUGAACUACGAUUCGAAUACGAACCAUCGGCUCAUGGAAGAAGUUGACAGUGCGCAGUCCGCUGUUUCUUUGAAAAUCCUGAAUGUAGCAAGAAACAAGGAGACGACGACGCGUUUGAACUACGUAACUGAAGCGAUCGAGAAUGUGAAAGCCGGAAAUUACAAGCGUCGCCGGAAUUUACCGAAAAAGAUCCCGAUUGCCACAGUCGAAAAAGAAGUAUCCAAGGUAGUUGCAAAAGCGAUGGAUGGCGAACAGAUAUCGAUGGCCGCACACCGCAAAGUCAUUUCGGAUAUGAAUGAGCAGAGCCAUCGACUUCGCGUAAUUGAAGUUGGCCUUUUCGAAACGAUUCACACGCUCAACACAACCGUCAUGUUCCUCGGUCACUUGGCAGAAUUUAUACCGAAACUAGCAAUUUGUUUCCUUAUAAGCGUUACCGUAAUUUUAGCAAUCGCCGUGCCUCAGGAAAUGAUCGACGUGGUUUCUGCCUCGGAGAUGGUUCACCAGAUGCUCAGUGACGCCAUAAAGGUGAAAAAGUCAAAAUAG